UGUGUGACUGCUCUGGCAGCCCUGCCUUCUCCAAAGUCGUGGAGGCCACUGGCCUUGGGCCUCCCCAGUACGUGGCGCAGGUGACUUCAAGGGAUGGCCGGCUCCUCUCAACUGUCAUCCGAGCCUUGGACACUUCAAGUAAUCUCUGUACCCAACGUGGGGCUCGAACUCAUGACCCCGGGAACAAGAAUCACAGGCUCCACUGACUGAGACAGCCAGCGCUCCUCCCCCUGAGUUUUGACACAGCUCGUCCCAAACCUGCCUAGGCUGAGAACCAGGGCGGAACCACGCUCCCAGAGAGAAGGCUGCUGUUUGUCCAAAGGGUCCUCAUCCUCUUGAGCCUUCGGCGCUCUGCCCACCAGUCCAAUUUCAUGAGCGAAGCCCAUUUCUCUUGUCCUGCCAUCUGGAACAGGCAGUGUAGCAUAGCCGCUAAGGGGGGCAUAGGCCCGGGAGCAAGACGUCCUGGGUUCACACCCCAGCUUCGCAGGCUACUAGCCGUCGAUGGUCCCUUCUGCCGGAUCUGCCACGAGGGAGCAAAUGGGGAGAGCCUGCUCUCUCCAUGCGGCUGCACUGGUACGCUGGGUGCCGUUCACAAGAGCUGUCUGGAGAGGUGGCUUUCCUCAUCCAACACCAGCUACUGCGAGCUGUGCCACACGGAGUUUGCUGUGGAGAAGCGGCCCCGGCCCCUCACAGAGUGGCUGAAGGACCCGGGGCCUCGGACAGAGAAGCGGACGCUGUGCUGUGACAUGGUAUGCUUCCUGUUCAUCACGCCACUGGCUGCCAUCUCGGGCUGGCUGUGCCUGCGCGGGGCCCAGGACCACCUCCGGCUCCACAGCCGGCUCGAGGCCGUGGGGCUCAUCGCACUCACCAUUGCCCUGUUCACCAUCUACGUCCUCUGGACGCUGGUCUCCUUCCGCUAUCACUGCCAGCUGUACUCCGAGUGGAGAAGGACCAACCAGAAAGUUCGCCUGAAGAUCCGGGAUGCAGAUGGCUCUGAGGGCGCCCAGCACUCCUCGCUGGCAGCUGGACUCCUGAAGAAGGCGGCCGAAGAGACACCUGUAUGAAGGCUGGGCCAGCAGGGCCAGAGGCAGCUGGUGACGCCCUGGUAUUUGGAAGGACGAAACCGCCCGACCCUUCCUGCACGGCCGGAAUGCUUCCUAGGGCAAGAGACACCAAGCGGAGCCGAUGUGAAGAUAUUUUCUAGUUGUUUUGCACACUGUGGUACAUGCGGACGGAUGGACGUGGUCCUGAGCUUCGGACAGAGCAGGCACCCUGAUCUCGUUCUGAGGUCCACCCGGCCCCUUGGGGGCUAGCAGCUGCAGUCAUAGGUGAACCAGGGCGCCCACGGGGCUGGGAGGUUCCGCAAGCUUCUUGUACUUCUCUGCACCUGGCAGGCUCACUUUCCUGGCACCCUUGACUUUAUAAAGUUGCACUGCGUUUCAAAAACCCACCCCGAAUGAAUAAAAGGAGCCCUUGCUGGACAAAA